AUGGAUGAAGUUACUCCUCAUUGGAAGAGACUUAGUUUUUAUGAUGAUGGUUGCAUCGAAGGAGAAAAAUCGAAUAUCUCUAUUAUUUCCAAAGUGGAGGUGAUACAAGAGAGGUUUUCGAAGGCCGCUGACAACAUGAAACUAUACAUCAAAGAACAAUUGCGGAAGAUCGGAUUUCCAGAAACAACCAACAUGAAACCAUCGUCUCAACUAGUUAAGACAAAGGGUGCUUCAAAGAAAGUGAAGCCUACACCGAAUGACAAAUCGACUACACGGUCUCCUUCAUAUUGUGAGCACAUCGACAAACUCUUUCCCGACUCACCUACUCCGAAAUUGCAAAAAUCUCAAAAAAGUUCAAACAAAGGAGAUCGCAUUAGCAAACCGCCACCGACACCUAUUCCACUGAAAGUUCUGACUCCGACACCUAUUUCUCCAAAAACUACGUCAAUCAAAAAGGUACAUGUUGCUCCAAAAAUUCCAUUCAUCGACGAGAUGCCAGUUUUUAUGCAGAAAUACAUAGACCGGGUCGUCAAUAUGGCGGGGGACGAUAAUUGCGGAUUUCGAGCCGUAUCAACUUUACUUGGUAAGGGAGAGAAUGCCCAUAAGCUUGUCUGUCAUGAAUUUAUCGAAGAGUUGAUGAACCAUAAAGACCCGUACACGCGGGUAUUUGGAAACGAAGCUAAAUUUGAAUCGGUUAACGAAGCUCUUGUUCCUUGGUUGGGCGCUAACACACCGAUUUCAAAAUGGAUGAGAUUCCCAUAA